AUGACCUGUAAUAUGGAAAACGCCCUUGCGAAUGCUAUUUGUGAGCUUUGCAAAGCCGGCUUCACUCCUGCGGAGAAAAUUGUAAACAGUAAUGGGGAGUUGUAUCACGAGCAGUGCUUCGUGUGUGCACAGUGUUUCCAGCAAUUUUCUGAAGGGUUACAUUAUGAGUUUGAUGACAGAAAAUACUGCGAACAUGAUUUCCACAUGCUCUUUGCUCCUUGUUGUCAUCAGUGUGGGGAAUUCAUCACUGGUCGUGUCAUUAAGGCCAUGAACAAUAGCUGGCACCCAGAGUGUUUUUGCUGUGAUAUCUGCCACAUUGUGCUUGCUGAUGUUGGUUUUGCAAAGAAUGCAGGCAGACACCUAUGUCGUCCAUGCCACAUCCGUGAGAGAGCUUGUGGCCUUGGCAAGUAUGUUUGCCAGAAGUGUCAUACCAUCAUUGAUGAACAGCCACUCAUCUUCAAGAAUGAUCCGUACCACCCUGAUCACUUCAACUGCAGCAUCUGUGGUAAGGAACUCACUGCUGAUGCCAGGGAGCUAAAGAACGAGCUGUAUUGCUUGCCGUGCCAUGACAAGAUGGGUGUGGCAAUCUGUGGAGCAUGCCGAAGGCCGAUAGAGGGCAGAGUGGUGAAUGCAUUGGGCAAGCAAUGGCAUGUUGAGCAUUUUGUGUGUGCCAAGUGUGAGAAACCUUUCUUUGGCCAUCAACAUUAUGAACGCAAAGGCCUGGCUUAUUGCGAGACCCACUACAAUCUGCUCUUUGGAGGUGUCUGUCACCACUGCAAUCGUGUCAUUGAAGGAGAAGUCAUUUCAGCACUAAAUAAAGCCUGGUGCAUCAACUGCUUUUCCUGUUCCACUUGCAGUUCGAAACUGACCCUGAAGGAUAAGUUUGUGGAGCUUGAUCUGAAGCCUGUAUGCAAACAGUGCUAUGAAAGAAUGCCAACACAGCUGAGGUACCGUCUAGCUAAGCGUGAACACAACUCCAAGGACAGAAGAAAGAAGACUGGUAUCUGUCUGUAAAGUUCUCCAUUUAAAUGACAGAGUGCAGUUCUCAUAUGGAAGUAUCCCAACUGGGGAUAUUUUUGCAAUCUCAAGACCUUCAGAUUUUCCCUCUGGUCUAUUUUGUCUCUGUAUUCAUUGAAAUAUAGAUGAAAUGUUCAGUUGCAUGAAUAAGUGGGAGUGUUUUUAGUGAUUUGCUCUAACCUUUGACAUUUGUUUCUUUACCUCAUGCACCAAUAAUAAUGAUACAUAUCAAGGCUAAUCACUGUGACAUUUAUUGAAUAUAUGCAUACAGUGGAUAUCAAAUGUGUACACAACCCCAUGUAAAAGUUGUAAGAUUUUGUGAUGUAGAAAAUGAAACCAAGAAAAAUCAGCCACAUCUUUUUCCACAUUUAAUUAUGACAAAAAACAGCACUGAAGUCAACAAAUAGAAAUGAUUUAGGGGGAAAAAGAGAAAG